AUGCAGUAUAUCUUAAGAGCUCUAAACACUAUUAUGUGGACACAUGCGUACAGAUGCACUUUUCUUGUAGAAGAAAAUGAGUCCAGCUUGCAAAAUAACUUAGUUAUAGACGUCCACUCACCAAUUGCUAAUAAAGACAAUUCUAGUAUAGAGAAGAAAAUAGAAAGCCCGAGUUUAGAUCCACUUGAUUCAGAAGAAAGAAAAUAUUUGGGUCGGCGUGCUUUUAAACAAACAAUUCGUGAGAUAAAGAAAAUAAAAGUACAUAAUGGGCAUCUAUACCGAUGUAGUAGUUAUGCACUAGCGUAUGGCUUUUUAAACUUUACAUUAGAUACAAACAAGAUAUUUGAAAAAGAAGAAAAUCCAAGCAUAAAUACUCAGAAUCCGGCAGAAUUAAAUAGUACAGAGAGUGUGGCCUCAACAAGUAACAAUAAUAUGCCAGCUAAACCCAUGUGUUAUAGCUGUAUACACAAUAAUUCCUCAAAGAAUAGCUCACAGGAAAAAAUUCACUGGUGCACAUGCAUAAGACCAAAAGCCCAAACAGAAAAGCCUUCUAGAAAGCGAUCUAGAAAACGCCCUAGAAAACGCUCUAGAAAGCGCGUUAAAAAUACUAAGAAUUCUUGUAAUACAAGUAAUGCUAUAGACAGUAGUAUUUUUAAUUCCACAGAUACAAAUAAUUUAUUCUAG